AUGGGGGUCCUGGUCCUCCUCAACGCGCUGGCCACCCGGCUGCUGUUCGUGCUGCACUCGCUGGUGGGGGUCUGGCGAGUGACCGAGGUGAAAAAGGAACCGCGAUACUGGCUGCUGGCACUGCUCAACCUCUUGCUGUUCCUGGAGACGGCGCUCACCCUCAAGUUCAGGCGCGGCAGAGGCUACAAAUGGUUUUCACCAGCCAUAUUUUUAUAUCUGAUUAGCAUCGUCCCGUCUUUAUGGCUUCUUGAAAUGCAUCAUGAGACCCAGCAUUGCAGUGUCCAAUCUGAAGGGAUGUCAAAGAAUACCAGCAGAAAAGACAACUUCAAUCAAACACUGACGUCCAAUGAACAAACCAGUGGAGCAAAUGAUCUCAUUGAGACGGCCCAAGGUUUUGUAAAUAACUUAUCUACAGUAUGUGAGAAAGUCUGGACUUUGGGACUCCAUCAGACAUUCCUGUUAAUGCUAAUAAUUGGAAGAUGGCUUCUACCCAUUGGAGGCGGGAUCACUCGAGACCAACUCUCUCAACUUCUCCUUAUUUUUGUGGGGACAGCUGCUGACAUACUGGAAUUCACAAGUGAGACCCUGGAAGAACAGAAUGUAAGGUGA